AUGGCAGUCCACUCCCUGCAGUACCUCUGUACAGCGACCUCAGGUAUUCCAGGCUUCCCAGGGUUUGUGGCUGUGGGGAUGCUGGAUGGAGAGCCUUUCUGUUCCUAUGACAACAAAAUCGGCAGAGAUAUUCCCAGGCAGGAGUGGGCAAAAGAGGCAGUGGACCCAGGCUACUGGCAGAGAAACACACAGAUCUCACACAGAGCACAGCGAAGUUUCAAAGACAUUGCAGUAGCAAUGGAGCUUUUGAACCAGACAGGAGCUAUCCACACCUUUCAGAAUAUGUAUGGCUGUAAUUGGAAUGAAGAAACUGGCAACACAGAGGCGUACGAUAAGUAUGGAUAUGAUGGAGAAGACUUCCUUACCUUUGACCUGGAGACUAUGAGUUGGAUCCCCUCAGUCCCACAAGCAUUUAAGACAAAAUCAAAGUGGGAGUCAAACCGCGCGCAAACUGAGGGAAGAAAGAAGUACUUAACUGAAGUGUGCAUUGACUGGCUGAAGACGUAUGUUAACAGCGAACGGAACACGCUGGAGAAGAAAGGCCCUCCUGAGGUGACCCUGUUACAGAAGGACCCCUCAUCUCCUGUAACCUGUCACGCCACGGGCUUCUACCCCAGAGGGAUGAGUAUCUCUUGGCAGAGAGAUGGAGAGGAUCUGCAUGAGGAUGUGGAGUUGGGGGACACUCUGCCCAAUGGAGAUGGAACAUUCCAGAUCAGAAGCUCCCUGAGACUCUCUGCAGAGGACAUGAAGAUGCACAGUUACACCUGCACUGUACAACACUCAAGUCUGCAGCAGGAUGUUGUCAAGGUUCUGAAUGAAGAUCUGGAGAAUGUACCCCUUAUUGGUGUUAUCAUCUGUGUUGUGAUGGCAGUUCUUAUGAGUUCCAUUGCUGUGAUUGGGUUCACUGUGUGGAAAGGAAAGUCUGGUGAGCCCUACUGGAGAAAAAAGAACACAUCUUCAUCAUUAUGAAGAUGGCCCCUGUCUGCUCCUGUAGCAUUACUUUCAUUCUUAUACCUCUGAUUUUUUCAGCUCUUUCUCUAAUUCAUUUUUAGUAAGGUAAUAGGCCCAGUAAAGAGAGGCCAAACUCUCCACAUCAUGAUAG